AUGCAGCUUGGUUCUGCCGCCGUCAUUAUCUUCGAAAACGCUUUCCAUCUUUGGGCCCAGCACCGCCUUACACGAGAGCAGGAGUCUGUUUACCCUGUUCGUGUUGCUCUUCAGCGGUACAUGGCGUCUCCCAAUGCAACUGCCGUCAGGGAAACUAUCGGUUCUGCCGUUCGCACAUAUGAAGCAGGCUUCUCUCACUGGAUACCAGGGUCGGCCAAACGCUCUCAGAAGGAGGAGUUAAUCGACACAAUUAUUGAAAUUGUUUUACAGCACCGCCUGCCAACACCUGCAGUCUAA